CGUCUGUCUACACUGGUCGUCCUCGUCAACCCCUCGCCGCCUUCAAAGCCAUGUCUUUUGCCCCCCAAAUCGACCUGUCCCCGAAGGGCCUCAUCAACGACGACGGGAACUAUAUUCUCCAACACGGUGAUGUGUACAACCUCUUGAAGUACGUCUGGGCGGGCGUGCUUCUCCCGACCGACGCGAAGAGCUACCAAGAGCAUCUGAACAUCUCUACCGAUACCAUGGUCAAGCUCGAAGGCGUUCUCAAGGACCUGGUCGAUUCGUACGCCACAACCAAGAGCCACUGCGUUCCGUUCAAGGACACCACCUACCCAAGCAUCAUCACCGUCGCCGACGAUGUCUACAACUACGCUCAGAAUGCCGGGGGCACAGUGGAAAACUCGUACUACGCGAAUAUCUUCCAGAUGAUACGGCAGCUACCCACGGCCUCGGACCAGCAGGGGACCUUGAAGAGCAUCAACGGCCUCAUCGACGUACAGCUGAAGAGCGUGGACACCAUCGUGACGAAGGUCGCGGCCGUCGUCAGCAACCUCACCGCGUUCCAGGACCAGUGCAUGCAGGACCAGUCCUCGCUGAAGGAACGUCAGAAGGCCGUCACCGACAGGCUCGACACCGAGGUCGGCCAGAUUCAACAGCUCGAGGAUGACCUUGCAAGCAACCGCCGCAUCAUCAAGGCCGACAUGGAUGCGUACGAGAAAGACGUCAUCAUCGCGUGCACCACCGUCACUUACGCCUGGGUUUUCCCCAUCGGCACGCUCAUCGCGAUUGGCAUUGCCGCCGCAUACGGGAAAACAGCUGCCAGGCUGAAGAGCGCCAUCGAUGGCCUUGAGAAGGACGUCACCGACGAGGAAACCAAGAUCCAGGACGAGAAGCGCCUCAUCGCCGACCUCAAUUGCAUCGGGUCGAACUUGUCUGGAUUCCUGGACUCGCUCGCAGCCGCUAUCGAGGUCGUCCAGGCGAUGCUCGGGAUCUGGCAGUCCAUUGCCGCGGACCUGAGCAGCCUCAGGAACAUGGUCAACACGAACGUCCGCCAGGCCAACGCGGCCAUCGCAAGCUUCGUGGACGAGAAGCUCGUUGCCAAAUGGAACGAUCUCGCGGCUGCCGUCGACAAGUAUCGUCAGGCUGCGUUCAUCACCCAAAUCGAGCAGGUGUCGCUGGACAAUCUUGGCAAGCAGGUUCAGGCCCAGGUGAACAAGCAGGGCUAAUGGUUGAUUCGCUGAACUUGAACUCGCUGGUCAUGUCGAAACGCCGCGCCAAAAAUCGUUGUACUUUGUAUUUCUGUGUAUCCGUGUAACAAUGUAUACUGCCGUACGUGAUCCUGAA